CCCCUUUCAGCCAGCUGUUUUAUCUCCGUAACGGACCGUCAGUACCAUACUUCUCAACAAUUUUCUCACUUCUGUUGAACCUUCGUACUUAAAAUAUCGCUCACCUCAACUACACCGAAGGUUAUUGGGCCUAGACCUAUCGAGCUAGAGCUUGAUAUACAAGGCACUCAGUAAACGCUUUCUCUCUCUAAAUCACCAGCGACAUUAAACUGUUUACGUGCGGUAUUGGCUUGGCGCCAUGGGGUCCGUCGAGCAAGGGUCAUCAGUAGUGGAGUCCAGCAACGAUGAAGCUGUCAUCAAAUCCCAUAUCGAGCAGCUCACCGCAGCACAGUUACCCAACUCGGCCAUCUACAAUUUCCUACUUUCCGAUGUGCAAAUCCGUUCUGCCUCGAAAGGGUCAAUGACGGCGCGUUUGACACUCACCCGAAACCAUAUCAACUCGGGCGGUGGCAUCCACGGCGCCGUCUCUGCUGCUAUCGUUGAUUGGGCUGGCGGCAUGGCAAUCGCUACAUGGGAUUUGCGUCGCCGCACUGGCGUCUCAGUUGAUAUUCACGUCACGUAUCUAUCGUCUGCCGUGGAGGGCGAUGAGAUCGAGAUCACUGCUACAGCCGAUAAGGUUGGUGGCACCCUGGCAUUUACUCGCGUCGUCAUCUACAAGGUUGUCGAUGGCGAAGCCGGCCCAGUCAUUGCGAACGGUUCGCAUACGAAGUACGCCAAGCAGCGGUAGUGAUGUCGGUUGUUGUAUCGCGAGGCUUGUGUUUUAACUAUUUCUUUUUGCCUCUGGGUUUAGAAAGGAGUCUACCUUAUAUCGCGCUAUUUUAUCAUGAUGCCAAAACGCAGUCGUUUACUAAGACAGAGGGUUAGUCUAGUCAAGGCUGAGUAUACGGAGGAACUAGAUCUGAUACCAUAGAUGCCGACUGACUUUCAGGAGCAAGCGCGAUGUCUGUUAGAUGUUGUUUAUGACAAGGGCCCAACUUAGAACUUCUAAAUAGGGGCUCGGCGGUAUAAAAACUACCUAGACAAUAUUCCACCAUCGGUAAUAUUUAUACCAAAACGUUACCCUUAAUUCGUGUUGGUAUUGAUGCGAAUGGCUCAACUCUAUCUUAUACGUUAGAUUCAUACUCUUCCUAGCUCUUCUAAUGAGUACCGUCUGCACCGAAUGAUAUUCAACCAGCUUGGAUAAGUCUUAUAAUUAGUUAUCUUCUUGGUCUAGCCUGGAUAAAGGAUACCCUUGUAGUAAAAAGUUACCAUCUUGUGUUAAGGCACGUCCUAUCAAAAUCCCUACCACCGGUGAAAUUUUCUGGGGCUAACCAGCGAUGAGGCCGCGGUGGAUCGGGAUGUUAAUUCAUUGCCAUUGUUCUCGUACUCAUCAUAGAUUAGGAUGCCAGACUUAGGGAUCAAAGUUAUAGUAACAAAGA